AUGUCUCCUGAUUUCUGGGCUGGAUACAUCAGCGGCGCUCUCGGGAUCAUCAUUGGCAAUCCUCUGGAUGUGAUCAAAGUCCGACUUCAAGCUGGCCGAUCAAGAGAGGUACCCGGCCAAUCACAGCUGAGCCGUGUUGAGAGAGCUCGGUCCCUGGUGCGAGGCGCGGCCGCACCAAUUCUUGGCUAUGGCGCUCUCAAUGCUCUGCUGUUCGUUGCGUAUAAUCGCUCCUUGAAGGUAAUGGAUAGCAGUCUAGUAGAUCCUACAAAUCCAGACGGCGUCCCUCUCUACAAAAUCUGGAUAGCUGGCGCCGCAGGCGGUCUUGCCAGUUGGUCCAUUUCCUCUCCCACGGAGUUUAUUAAGUGUAGAGCGCAGCUGGAUUCUCGCCCGGAAGUCUCAUCCUGGACUGUCGCCAAAGACAUCUGUCGUACUCGAGGCUUGCAAGGCCUGUACUAUGGAGGCGCCAUCACCAGUGCGCGAGAUUCCAUCGGUUACGGUUUUUACUUCUGGUCUUACGAACUAUGCAAACGACUCAUGACAGUUGAGAACGAAAGCGCCCAUCAGUCCGCUGUGAAGAUUCUCCUGUGCGGUGGGAUUGCGGGCAUUGUCACCUGGGGGUCUGUCUUUCCCCUGGACAUGAUCAAGACUCGUCUGCAGGCGCAGACGAUGCAAGAAAGGCCACCUCUCUCCGCAAACGCAGAGGGUCAGGUCCUGUUGCGAGCCUGCCGCCCGACGUUGAAUUCCAUGCAGCUCGCCCGUGAAGUCUAUCGGGCCGAGGGCGUGGGUGCCUUUUAUCGGGGCCUCGGGAUCUGCAGCAUUCGAGCCUUUAUUGUCAACGCUGUUCAGUGGGCUGCCUAUGAAUGGCUGAUGAAGGCAUUCAGUGCCGCGAGUGCGCCAGCGCCAGUCACCAAUCAUCUACGUGUCGAAGGAUGA